AUGUGUAGGCUUUGUUAUCUCAAUACCAUUGAUGUUUUAACAUCAUUUUAUGAUCUCAAUUAUCGUAUUAAUCGCACAAUCACACAGUACCGACAGCACAUUAGUCUCUUAUCUACAUCACUCAAGCAAAUAAAUCUAUUUUUCAAAAAACUUUUACCAUUAGAAAAGAAUAGUAUACACUCGUUAACGAUUCGUGAUCAAUUUGUACAAUCUAACCAAAUUAAAUCGAUUUUGAAUAUUAAAAAGCAAUUUGAUUUAUUUAAUUAUGAAUCUCAAAGUCAGUACGAUCUGUUUUAUGAUUUUGAAUUGAUUCUAUUACAAUUAUGGGAUUUACGUGAUUUGAAUAUAGACUGCAUGGUUAGUACACUGAGCCAGCUAGAAAAUUCUAUAUUUUCAAAUCAACACAAAUUAUUAACAAAAGUAUCAAUAAAAACUAUAAAUCGUUUUAACUUCAGAGGCCAUUGCCAACUCUUUAAUCCCUUUUUACUCGAUUUGACACUAGGAUUGAUGAAUAUCAACGAUCUUCUGACAUUAUUUAAAAUAGUGCCUAAUAUUCAACGUUUAAACGUUGAUAUUUAUCACUGGUCCAGUUUCUACUGUCCACUUGAACACAGGCGAUCAUUAUCUAAUGUGAAAUAUUUUCAAUUAAAAACAACAAUUUAUAAACACGAAGCAUCUGCUAUUAAUAUUGUUACACUUCUCUAUGGUCUACCGUCAUUAACGCAUUUAUCUAUUAUUCUCUGGACUGAUAUAAAAUGUUUCGUGAAUGGUCAAUUGUGGGAAAAUAUGUUUAAAACUAGACCAACAUUAACAGACUUUAAAUGUUUUUUCACUGUUGAUAUCAACAAACAAGCAUUGAAACCUAAACGAAUCUUAGAAUCAUUUUCUACUACGUUUUGGCAAGACGAAAAACAAUGGUUUUUUAACCUCGAAACGGAUUCUGAAUAUGAUUUGAUUUAUUUCUACACACCAUCUAUUGAAGAUAAUAAUUUCAAAAUAUAUGGUACAUUGUCGAAUGUCCAGUCAACAAAAGUUCUAAAUGUCCAAGAAAGAAAUUCAAAUCUAUUGCAAACAUUUAAUCAUUUUUUACAGGCAUAUAUCUAA